AUACUCGUAGGGCUAUUAGACGUAAACGGUUGCUAUCAAAGUUAGAAAAGCUGGAACUACCAGAAAUAAUGAAUGGCAUUCCAAGGCCUGUUAAAGAAGAGCAUGAGGAGGUCCAGGGUUUAGUUCUCAUUAAAGGAACUCCAGUAAGUCAAGGAACUGUUAAAAGUACUGCAAGGAUUGUUAUACAGCUCGAAGAUGCUGCAACAAUCAAGCCUGGUGAUAUUUUGAUUACUCGCUCUACAGACAUUGGUUGGAGUCCUUACUUCCCCCUUCUGGCUGGGGUGGUCACCGAGUUGGGAGGUCUUAUAUCUCAUGGUGCCGUAGUGGCAAGAGAAUACGGAUUACCUUGUCUAGUGGGAGCAAAGAGAGCUACAAGUCUGUUAAAAUCUGGAGACACUGUUAUCCUUGAUGGUUCCAAAGGAUUACUGAAGAAAGUAGACUGACCGUGAUCAGAAUAUGAGGCUUCUGAUAAUUCCUGAAAAAAAUUAGACUGACCGUGAUCAGACUGCGAGUCUUCCCAUGAUUCUUGAAGACAGUAGACUGAUCAUUAUUAGACUGUGUGUCUUCCCAUAAUUCCUGAAGAAAUUAGACUGACCGUGAUCAGACUGUGAGUCUUCCCAUGAUUCUUGAAGACAGUAGACUGACCGUGAUCAGACUGCGUGUCUUCCCAUGAUUCCUGAACAAAUUAGACUAACUGUGAUUAGAAAUUGAGUCUUCUUAUGAUUUCUGGUGGAUAUUUUUUUUAUUCUAUGAAAUUUGUCGACAGUCAAGAAAUGGUGAACUGUUUUACCCUCAAACUAUUUCCAACCAGCUUAAUGUUACUGAUUAUCAUAUGCAAGCACCUCACUCAGUCAUAUCUACUGGUUACUAGAUGCAUACUGUUAUCAAAUCCCAGAAAUAUGGAAAAUCAAGAAGUCUAUGAAGCAAUAGUAAAAGUCAGUAUUGAUGCUAGAAGUCAUUCUUUUGGUUUCAGUUUCAAUCUGCAUUCGUUUGCUAGAGAUUUAUUUUUUGUGGUUGAUGAGGAAAUAAGAUAUUUAUUUUCACUUUUACUAGAACAUGAAAAAUAUUCAAAGUUCAUGUUAAAUUUUACUUAAAACAUGAAAAAUAAGAAAGACCAAAACCAGCUUCAUCCUAAAAAUCAAUCUUAGUUCAGUUUUUACAUUAGUCACACAUACAUAUAUAAAUGAAAUCAGCAUAAAUAUUAUAUAAAAAUAAAAAUGUGUCGAGUAUAAAAACUGAUUUAGUUUUGGUCUUAUUUUUUGUGUUUUAAGUAAAAUGAAAAAUUCCAAGUUCAAUGUUCUUUUAAUUAAAAGUGAAAAUAAAUAUUUCUUUAUCAGCUAUAAAAUACAUUUAAAAAACAUCUGUCGUAAAAGAAAACAGACAGAAAGACUGAGUUUUUGGGUGGAGGAGUUGAAACAAGAAAUGGGACUGAAACCAACUUUUAGUGUUACCCAUGUUUAUAACGGUCCCUCAAAGAUUUAUGGUAUCAAUAUCUUUAAGAUGUGUGUUAUCAUCCAUUGCGUUAAUUAUGUAGAUCUGUACGUUACCUAUGUUGUUUCGAUCCUUGUUUUCCUGGGGUAGAAAGUACUGGAAAUAAAGAAGCGUUGUAAUGUUUGUUUAACUAUAAUUUUGUUUUUUUCUUAUAAUAACCAUUUAAUUCCGUGAUGUAGUUGAAUAUGUUUUAAUAUUUUAUUAAUCUGUUUAGUAAAAUUCUUGCAUUGAGUGAUUAGUCUUAGGUAUUAUUUAAUAAUAAUAAUAGCCAGAAAAUAAGGAUAUUUUACUGCACUGAUAGAGCAUAAUCAUAUGACUGUUAUUUAUAGGAAACCCAGUUUGAUAUGUAUUUAAAAGUUUAUUCCUUACGAAUAUAGAAACAAUAAUAUAUAAACACAUAUUUUGUAUUAUCUUAUACACACUAUCCUAUUUUUUCUUUAUUUCAAACUUCAUAUGUUUUCUCUAAGCCUAUUUAUUGAUUUAUUUAAUAAACAAACAAGUGUAAAUGUCACACCAAAGAAAUAAAAUAGAAACAGACUCAUUUAUUCUGAAACACCA